AUGCCUCAAUUCAAAGAUUUUUCGGAAGAGAGCACCUCCACCACGUUUUCAGAGGGUCUCAUGCGCUCACUUGUCUUAGAAGACCUCCUCGACAAGCAGCUUGCUCAUGACAUUCUGAAGCGAACACUCUCGGUUGGAUCGAAGCAGUCAACUUCAUCUGGUUUGGCGGAGCGGAUGAACGGGGUCAGAUUCGACAGUGUCGAUCAUCUUGGUUUACGUGACAUUGGACGCGGCAGCUGCGGGAGUGUAUUCGAGAUACCAGGAUCCGCAAAAGCAAUCAAGAAAGGCGCCAACCGCCAGGCAAUUUUCAGAGACUUCCACUUGACAGGCCGUGCCUACAACAGCUACCUCAUCUGGGCCGGCUUGUUCAGAGACAGCUUUCCCGAACGUCGUACGCCACGCGUGCCACGGGCACAUACUUUCCACAGUCCCGAGGCUCGUGAAUUCUGGACUGCGAACCUUUCACGAUUCCCCGAAGGAGACCAAACGAUAGCCGCGGUAUUCUACGUUGAGCGCAUUCUGCCAGUGCCCGCGCUUACGCGUGAAGCUCUAAUUCGACAAUUCUACCAAGAAGACAGGCACAUACAGCACGACGUAUUCAGCAACCCUCCCGACAAAGAUUGCCUCGUCCGCGUUUACUUCGGUGCGAACAAUCCAAACACCACCCUCUACAAUUCGACUGACACACUCCGAAAUUUUCCUCUUUACCUGGACCAAGCAAAAAUGAUUGGGCUCGAUGUGAAUGCUUUUGCGGAAGAGAUGGCAAUGGGACUUGCAAUUCUACAUUGGCAAGCGCAGGUUGAUGCACAAGACACCGAAUUCGUCAUCGGCAGCUCGACAUCAAAGCCAUUCAGCCUCGAAUACCUGGGUGAUGAGCCCACGGAGAUUCCAGUAUCCUCCGGUGACGAUUUUACGCAACGAGAGACCCACCUGUGGAUGUUGGAUUAUGAUAAAAGCUCCAACAUUAAUCUAGACGCCGAGGACCCAUCAUCAGAAGUAGUCAGGAAAUGCCUCGUCGCAGUCACUGGAAAUGACCCCUACUUCCCGCACCCCCGCCUCGAUCCCGACCUUUGGCGACGUUUCCGCAAAGCAUAUCUCAAGGCCAGCGAAAUCAUCAUCAGGACCCGGCAGCAACGGCUGAAACGACAUGUGGCAAAACUUCCGGCGAUGUUUCUCGAGCAGUGGGAACAAUGGGGUGACGAGGACAUGGAGGCAGACGGAUUUGACCCCUUCGAGAGAAAUUCUAGGGACGAGGAGGAAAGUGAGUCAGAAGCGGAUGAUUCCGAUGAGGACGAUGAAGGGAAUUCGGAAGAUGAGGAGGAUGAUCCUGAGGAGGACGAUGAGGAAUGA